AUGCCGUCUGCUGCAGCCAACAUCGCCAUGGCUGGUGCCGGAGCCGUCGCUGCCGCCUCUGCGGUGGCCUUCGUGGCUCCCAGCAGCCAGGUUCAGCGCCCGACCCCGAAGACGAACCUCAGGGCCUCCGGCUAUGGAGCCUCCUCCCAGGGCUCCAUGGGUGCCAUGGCCGGCCUCGGCGCUGUGGCCGGCCUCGCCGCCGCCGGUGUGGCGGGCCAGCGGGCCAGCAAGGGCCGCACCUCCAUGCAGGCCGUGGGCGUGGGCAUCAACGGCUUCGGCCGCAUCGGACGCCAGGUGGCACGCAUCGCCAUGAAGGACCCCGAGACUGACUUGAAGCUCAUUAACGCGAGCUACGAUGCCGACUACCUGGCUUACAUGAUGAAGUACGAUACCAUCCAUGGAAAAUACGACGGAACGGUGGAGGUGGAUGGCGACUCCCUGGUCAUCGAUGGACAGAAGGUGGCUCUGUCCCAUACCCGUGACCCGGCCGAGAUCCCGUUCGGA